CAGCAUAGGAGUCAUACCAAGCAUAGCCUGCGUGUCAGUGCAGUCGACUUACAGCUGGCUGUGAGGAGAACUGUCGCUACUCUUUUUUUUAAUGCCUUUUUGCCCUUUAUCGCCGCUAUACAUUUACUCACAUUAAAAAAAAGUAUCGUCAAUUUAUUAAAACAACUGCGAGACCACUUUCCGCGGUGGUUAUUAUAUUAAGGGGUUUUUGGGAAAACAAAAGUUGGAGGCUGGGCCUUUUGCUUUUUGAUCGUCGCUUGAGAAGAGAAGGAAAAAAGCUGGUCUUUUUGCUUUGAUUUUUUUUUUAAACUAAAAGCUCGAUAAAUGCUACUAACGAAGAUGGACCUGUUGAACUAUCAGUACCUGGACAAAAUGAACAACAACAUCGGCAUUCUUUGCUACGAAGGUGAAGCAGCUUUGAGAGGGGACCCAAGACUCCAGUCCCUGUCUCUGUCCUCAUCUUCUUCCUCCUCAUCUUCGUCAUCAUCUUCCUCAUCUUCUUCCAUUUCCAGCCACAGGACAGGUCCUCCUCCCAUCAGCCCCACCAAGAGGAAGCUGAGUGGGGACCAAGGAGACAGCGACAUGGAUGACAAUGAGCAUGUUGCAAAGAUGAGUCGACUGUUUGCAGCACAGCUGAAACCUAAUGGAGAUUAUCGCAAUUCCCCCAUCACCAAGGACCGUAGCCGAAGCCCCAGUGAGCGUGUGAUGAUGCCUGGAGCUUUGGGAGUCCACAGCAACCACCUGUUUAGUCACACCCACCAUCACCUGGCUAGCUUAGCUAGCAUGGACCAGCCACUGGCACUUACCAAAAACAGCAUGGUGGAGACGGCACGCAGUAACACAGCAGCUUUGGCCACAGUACCACACGCAGUCAGUGCAAUGGAACGCCAGCAGAAUCGCCCUUCGGUGAUCACAUGUGCCCCAGCCAACAAUCGCAACUGCAACCUGUCUCGCUGUCCAGUCUCUCACAACGGCUGCUCCAACCUCGCCAACUACAGAAAAAUCAACACCAGCACAGCCUGUGAUCCUGUGAUCGAGGAACAUUUCCGUCGCAGCCUUGGGAAGAACUACAAGGAACCCGAGCCCACUGCCACCAACUCUGUGUCCAUCACAGGCUCAGUGGACGACCACUUUGCCAAGGCGCUAGGCGAAACCUGGCUGCAGAUCAAAAACAAGGGGAGUCCCUCUUCGUCCGGCAGCAGCCCAAACUCCUCUCCCGACAGUCACAUGGUCAAUCACAACCACUCCCCUUCUGUCGUCUCCUGAAGGGGAAGGGAAUAUCUCCAGUUACCCCAGCUCACCCAUCAUCCCUGCUCCAACAUCCAUGCUCCUGCCACUUCAAUCUGUCACCAGCAUCCCAGAGGGAAUUCCUGCCUGCUGGUCUGCUUAAAAACAGCCAAAACACUCAAGCCCGCUCGCUUACUGUGCACUCGCAGAGGCUCAACCAAGCAAUAAAGACAUGGUGACUUUUCCCUUCUGUCCUCUGGUUUGCUAAUGCCACACCGUAAUCAGAGCUGAUGAGGAUUCAACAAGGAACUCAGCCAGAGCAUCAGCUUGCUUCUUCCAGUCAUACAUCCCUGCAAGAGCUUGGAGCAAAGCAAGUGUCUAGCUAUAUGUACAUAAACAGAGAGGAAAGACAGUCUAUUAAUUAUUAACUCUCUCCUUCUUCUUUUUUUUUUCUUCAUUUAACAGUAGUUUUGUGUACUGAUUCUGCAUUAUGUAAUGUGUGGCGUUUGAACGAAAAGAUAAGUGAAAAAAAAACAAAAAAAAAAAAAAAAACUUCUUCUUGGAAAACAAUCACAAACCACCUGACUGUGCUACCAAAGAAACCUCAGACACUGACGUUUAUCAAUGCCCACCUUGAAAACACAAACCAACAAUAAGUCAUCUUAUAAUCCCCUCUGUUUAUCUAUUAUGACUCUCACCCUCCUCUCCUGUGCGUGCGUUCUGGUUGAUUUGUUAGUGUAUAUGUCUUUACAAGGUUGACUUAGUCUGAUUUGCACUGCUGCCUGUGAAGGUAAAGGGUCAAACUCUGAAAUCCGGCAUAAAACACAUUGGUUCUGAUGAGAGUGAUUUUGAUGCAGUCAGAUAUUAUCUCACUUGUGUUUGAACUAGUUUGAUCUCCCAUUAACUCUUCUUUAAAGUCUAUCUGAGAAUAAUUCACCCCAGCUUAUUUACUUACACCAUUUCUGGAAAAUGGACCAUGCAGUAAACACAUGCUCCACCUUAUUUGUUUGGUCACUUCCUAAAAGAUCAAUCAUACCUUUAGAGGCAGAUGCAGAUAAAUAAAUAGUGGGAGGAGGCAAGCUAUUCUUCAACACUGAAACAUCAACAUAAAACUGAUUUAGAGUAAAAUAUUUUCUGCUGCUUUACCAAAACAAGGUUGCUAGUGAGUUGAAUUAACUGUAAACUGAUGUUUCAUCUGUACAGUAACAUUAGAAAGAAGCAAGAUUGAAGUUUAAUUCACUUUUAAAAUAAAAAAAAGGAAACAUUUUAAGAUCAUACAACUUAUGUUAACUCAUUUAAAGGUAUUGAUACAAUAAAUCCCACUACUGCCCAGCCUUCCAUUUGUAGCUCUACUUUAAAUAAAGUCCAACAUUUUUUUAAGGAUCGGUGUCAAACAGGCAAAAUUAAAUACCAUAAAGUAAGUACCUUUCAGAUGACAAGCAGCUAAUUGUGGCGGUAAUGGACAUCGCAGCCAUGGUGAGAGAAGAUUAGGAUUCAGAGCAGAUAAUUAACCUGCCUGUGUUGAAUGGUUGGGCUUUGCUGAACAAUGUGCUUUGACGGGUUUCAUGGGUGUAACUGCUGACAGUGAUUAGAGGAUGGAUGAUGCCGCAUGUCAAUUUGUGGUUUUAAAAAGCAAAAGAAGAAAAGACAUAAUCUGGUUUCUCAACCAGAAGAAAGAAGAUUAUUCAAAUCUCUUCAAAAACACCUUUGUUUUUGUGGCUCGUUGUACACGGGUGUUGUAAUUAUAUUUGGCUUACACCCCGAUAUCCUUCCCUCCCUCUCCUAGACACUGUGGUUUAAAAGAUUUGUACAAGGUUUUAAGGGUAAAUUAAUGCUUUUACAGAUGCAUGUUUUUGUUUUGUUUUUUUAAUAGCUGGUAUCUAUUAGUGUUUUUAGCAUUUCAAACCUAACUACUAUUAGCCUUUUCAUCCAGACAUUAGUUGUUACUUCUUUUGUUGUCAGUAACAGAUGUAGACACUACACUCACUGCUGGGUCAGUUGUACUCCAUAUUAUUAUUGUUAUUGUUAUUAUUACAGUUUUGUAUUUUUGUUUUUCAUUAAUAUCAGCAUGGUAACAAACAUCUAUAGUGGGACAGCCUCUGGACAGGCUCUUUGGAAUGAAGCGAGCUGCAAAUCUCAAAAUCAUCUUGCACUGUGAGGCAUUAGCUCAUUCCAGCAGCAGAGCGAUGAUCGUCCUGGUGUGAAGCUGGCUUUGGGAUGUGCAGCUCUUUAGUCUUUCUUAAGAUGUUAAUCCAUCAGUGGUACAGGAUGCUACAACUUUCAGUAUGACUCAGCUGACACCAAGUUGACACAAUUUAAUCUUUUUUGUCUUGGGUAUCCUUGUCUGAAGUAGCACGAUUCAUUGGCUCUCACCUUUACCCACAGAGCUUACCACAGCACUUGGUAAAAAGUCUUGCAGGCAAGGUGCUUUUGGGAAAACACAUAUAAUUACGAGUUGGUGAUAACGGCUAUCAGACGUCUUGUUGACAUGUUAGUGUCUUAAAUUAACACAGUAAAAAAGGAAGAAAAUAUGUUAGUAAAAAUAGACUUCACUGAGAAGUGGGAACAGGCGAAACCAAACACCUGUCUCACAAUUAAUUACCUGAAUAUGAUUUAUGAUGUUGUAGCUCUUUCAACGUUCAUCAGUUGACUUUUUGUGUUCUGACUUGGUGUCCAGACCUUUUUUUUUUGUAUUUUAUUGCUUUCUUUCUCAAGAGUAUUGCUUUUAUUUUCUGCAGUAACACCACACUGCUGCAUCUUAAGGAUAUAAAUUUAACUCUGAGAAAGAACUUGCACCAAGGUGACAUACAUUCCUCCAGUAGGGAACUUAACACAGGCCUCAUCCACACUUAGUAUCUCCACAUCAACAGACAGUUAACAACUAGCCAGAACUGCUCGUCCCACAGUUCCCUCCUAGCUGCAGAUCGGCCAUACUGUACGAUAAAGGAACAGCCGCAAUGUAUGCCAUAACACCUUCAAGGACAUCAACUAUGCGAGAGAACUGGGCUUGUCACAGCAGAUAGAGUGAAACGUGUAAUUCUGUAUCAAAUAGAAUCAUUUUGUACCACUGAGCUAAAGAUAACAGGUGAUGAGGGUUAUAUUUCUUUGCUUUUCAGCAGUUUGUGAUACCUCUCCAUGCAUGGAAGGUUUCUCUUCUCUAAAAUGUCCACACAUUCCAUCAUCAGCUAUCAAAACCGACGUGACAGAACAAGGACUGAUGAGAAAAGUUUCAGAAGGGUUAGAACCCCCAGUUUCAUGAAAAAAAUCAUCUCCAUGUCUUUUCUGUUACCUGUUUAGAGUGGGUGGGAUGGCGAGGUUUAGCAGGCCGGUUGGGGUGGGGGAGGCUGAGCUUCAGGAGCUGUGCUUUUGUAAGUAAAAGCUGUGAGUCAGAUGUUCACCUGCAACUCAGUUUUUAGUGAGGGUCUCACAGCAGGGCCUACCCCUUCUUCAGAUCUACUUGGCGCUGAUUAAUAUCUAGUGUAGUAAAGCAUCAUGUUAGAAAACGCGAGGGAAAGGGGCUCAGUGUCCUGAGGAUUUUGUUUUUAUCACUAUUUACUUUCUUAUCAUUUCACUACCACCCUGUAGGUAGGAGGUGCUCUCUGUUUUGGCACACUCCCUUACACACUGUAGGAAAAUCACUUAAUAAAAAUACUUUUUUAUAAUAGGUAAUUAUAAGACCAUCAUUACGCUGUGCGUAACGAAUGUACAGAGAAAAAAAUCGUAGGUAUUUUUUGAGGAACAAUUAAUUUGUUAAUGAUAUGUAGCUAUUUAAUUGUUUUUUUUUCCUGUCCUUAUAUUGUAAUCAUUGCAUUUUCUUUUUUGUGAAAAAAGUUGAUCUUUUUUGUCUGUAGUUUGUCUUGUUAGAGUAAAGGUUCAAGUGCAGGAACACAGUAAACGUAUGAAAUCACAACGAGCUACAGGCGUGUCGCUGACAAUCGCUACUUCCAUUGGUCCCCAUCGUUCUCCAAUCAUUUAACCUGUAUUCGAUCAUGUGACUCCUGAGACAUUUGAACAAAAACUUUAUUAGGGGCCUCUCGAGCAAUAUGCAUAUUCUGCAUUGACGGAACCAUUUCAGUAAAGAAAGCAUUUAUAUGUAUAUAUAUAUAUAUAUAUAUAUAUAUAUAUAUAUAUACAUAUGUUUGAACACAAUGUUAGUCAUUGACAGGUACAUGUAAGCUGUAUGAAUUGUGGGUCCUGUUGUACAGAUAGGAACUGAGCUACAGGCAAACCCUAUCAGUCCAUUUGAGGGCAUUUGUUGAAAUGAUAUAAGUAGCAAAUGAGCUUGGAAAUGUUAACCGUGAAUCUGCCGCCAGAGUUUCCACCUGAAAUCAAGUUGAAUAAUUGAGCAGAUGAAUCAAAGAGAAGUUGGUCUGACUCUGCACCACAUUUUCCAGAUCUUUUGUUUUGAAGUGGAAGUAGCAUGUACUUAGUGGUAGUAAUAAUCUAAACUGUAAGAACGUUUCUAUCAAGAAACAGAUGAUUUGUGGCUGUGUCUCCUACUAAAAAGGUUUUGGCAGGCCACCUUUUUUGUACGUUAAGUAGCUUUGAUGAACAAUAAACUGCUUUUAAACCAC